CUUCUAUUGCUUCCGAGCUGAACUUCGUGGUAACGGAUUCUCUCACUAACUAGUACAUCAUCUAGAUUGCCAUGUGCUCGCUUCAAUUGUGUAUGCUAUGUUUGUCACAGCGGGAGGAGAUCCAAAAAACAGCUGAGGAGUGCGAGGUUAUGUGGGAGCAGAGCGGGAGAGAUGAAAAGCCUGUCGGACCGUUGCGGUAUUUCAUUAAGGUAUGAUCACCAACUUUGAAUGUACGGUACUAUGAUGUGGUGGCUUUGUAACCAUUAACGGCAUGACGCAGAACAUUGCACGAAAGAUGCGGCGGUUAGCCAGCUUGCUAGGUUGCCGGGAAGGCGAAAUCGCUACAUCUUCCUCUUCAGAAGAGCGGGAGAUUCCUGAGGACGACCUAAUUCUGAGUCAAGGCAUACUUCCAAAGCAUACCUCCAAGCAAGCCCCACGGUCAGCUUACCAGUUUAAGCCAAGGGGCAAGGCACCAAACCGGUACACUCCGGAAGAUUAUGUCAACCGAGGAAAGAAGGUUGUCACUGAGGAGGAUGACGGGCCGCCGCGGAGAUCAGCUUUGUCGAGGAUGAGGAACGACGAGCCGUUCUCUUCAGAUGAGGAGGAGGAGGAGGAGCAGGAGGAGCAGGAGGAGGAGCAGGAGCAGUAGGAGCAGCAGCAACAACAGCCACGGCAGCGGACGAAGAGGAUGGCCGUCCGGAAGCAGCCCGCGAGGACGGCACGUCGAGGACGCUACUAGGAUGUGCUACGUGUUGUUGUAAACUCUAUAUUCAUAAGUAUCGAUUUGUGAACCCUAUGUCAUUUCGAACCAUGGUCUGUAAUGCUACUUGUUGUUUGAAUCUACGUGCUACAAUGUGACCUAUGAAGUGUUAUAUGUGUAUGUCAU